CAAGACUCUGGGCCUCCUGAGGGGAGUGGGCUGAGGGCUGGCCCGGGCUCCCCUCCCUCCGCAAAGCCCAGGAUGCCCCUCGGCUGCGGCGGCUCCUGAGCUCAUGGAGCCCUCAGCCACCCCAGGGACCCAGACGGGGGUCCCCACUGGCAGCGGGGAAUCGUCCCCCGUGCCUCCAGACUAUGAAGACGAGUUUCUCCGCUAUCUGUGGCGCGACUAUCUAUACCCGAAGCAGUACGAGUGGGUCCUCAUUGCAGCCUACGUGGCUGUGUUCCUCGUGGCCCUGGUGGGCAACACGCUAGUCUGCCUGGUGGUGUGGCGGAACCACCACAUGAGGACGGUCACCAACUACUUCAUCGUCAACCUGUCCCUGGCUGACGUGCUGGUGACAGCCAUCUGCCUGCCGGCCAGCCUGCUGGUGGAUAUCACCGAGUCCUGGCUCUUCGGCCAUGCCCUCUGCAAGGUCAUCCCCUACCUUCAGGCCGUGUCCGUGUCAGUGGCAGUGCUGACUCUCAGCUUCAUCGCCCUGGACCGCUGGUAUGCCAUCUGCCACCCACUGUUGUUCAAGAGCACUGCCCGGCGUGCCCGUGGCUCCAUUCUGGGCAUCUGGGCUGUGUCGCUGGCUGUCAUGGUGCCUCAGGCUGCUGUCAUGGAAUGCAGCAGUGUGCUGCCCGAGCUAGCCAACCGCACCCGGCUCUUCUCUGUCUGUGACGAACGCUGGGCAGAUGACCUCUACCCCAAGAUCUACCACAGUUGCUUCUUCAUUGUCACCUACCUGGCCCCACUGGGCCUCAUGGCCAUGGCCUAUUUCCAGAUCUUCCGCAAGCUCUGGGGCCGCCAGAUCCCCGGCACCACCUCAGCCCUGGUGCGGAACUGGAAGCGGCCCUCAGACCAGCUGGAGGAGCAGGGGCAGGGCCCGAGCACAGAGCUGCAGCCCCGGGCCCGCGCCUUCCUGGCCGAGGUGAAGCAGAUGCGAGCUCGGAAGAAGACGGCCAAGAUGCUGAUGGUGGUGCUGCUGGUGUUUGCCCUCUGCUACCUGCCUAUCAGUGUCCUCAAUGUCCUCAAGAGGGUGUUUGGGAUGUUCCGCCAAGCCAGUGACCGAGAGGCCGUCUACGCCUGCUUCACCUUCUCCCACUGGCUGGUGUAUGCCAACAGUGCCGCCAACCCCAUCAUCUACAACUUCCUCAGCGGCCCCACAGGAUCAUCCAUCCCCAUCAUCCUUCCGAGCUUGGCAUUCCUCCCAGAGACCCCUCUCCUACCCAAUUACAGGCCUUCCCUGGAGUCUGCUAUAAAGGUCCCAACAGGCAUUUCCAUCAGGCCCAGUGGUUCCCUAAAGCCCAGGGCAGCACUUGGCUAGCUGCUCUGAUGCCCAUGUGAACUACUCUGGGCCCAGCUCUCCUUCAGUGGGCACAGCCCCACCCUUACCAUGUGCCAAGGGCACGCACCAUGGACUGGACCUUGUUGGCUUUGUGGUGUGACAAAACACUCUCCAUGGCCAUUUGGCACGGAGGCCAGCAGCCCGAAGCAAUUGUAAUUAAAAGCCUGGCACGGAAUGUUCCCUUUCCUUGUCAUUGCACAAAAUCUGUGCUGCUUAGGUUAGAAGCAGAGGAAGGUGGGGAAGCUGGAGGAGUGGAGAAGACAAGAAGGCACUGGAAUGUUAUUAUCUGCUGACCCCCCACCCCCAUCCCACUGGAUCCCAGACAAACUCAUAGCCAGGCCUCAGAGCACACGUGGUGCUGCCUCCUCAUGUGGGCCAAUCCCCUGAUGCCCAGAACCUCAGUCCUUGACACACAUAUCUGCUUAUGGGACCGAUGGCCUGUGGAAGGUAAGGGGGUAGGGUGGGCAGAUAACAAGUUAACAGACUGAGUUACUGUUAUCUCCACCUUCUUAGAAAUCGGGGCUUGCAUUUAUUUUCUAUGAACUCACAGAAUAAAAAGAGAGCCACAGACUU